UGCCCGGUCCCGCCCCUCAUUCGCCACCUGCCAGUGCCCGCGGAUUGUCCCGCCUCCGCGGCGCGUGGGCAGCCAGUCUCCGCUCCGGAAGCGGGCUCGGCGCGCGGCCCAAUCGAAACCGCGCGGCCUGGAACCGAGCUGGCCUGCAGGUCUGUGAGCUUAGCUCCAGGAGAAGCUGACUAGCAUGACCCAGGACAUGGGGCUUGAGAACAAACUGCCUGACCUCGGUGGCAGGAGGGAGUUGGACCAGAAAGAUAACGACAGCGGCAGCAGCUGGGCCAGCAGCAUCUCAGCGCUGGCGCUGUCCUCCAGCGGCGAGGAGUUGCUGCAGCGCCGCAGCCAGCCCGCCAGCCACAAGAUUCAGGUGGAGAGCGAAGACGAAGCUUCUGAGCGAGAGAUGGCCCUCAGCCUGUCUCCAGUGCCCCUCAAGCGUAAACGGGGCCGGCCCCCCAAGAACAAGUCUGUGGAGCAGCCAAGCCAGGGGAAGGUGCAGCCCCCAGCCAGCACAUCCAAGUCCCAGGCCAUGAAGCCAGAGACCAAGGCGCCUGAGCCCUCCUUACCCAGAAGCAAGAAGAUCCUUGAGAAUGACUCUCCCCUGGAGAAGCGCAAGCGGGGCCGGCCUCCCAAGGUGCACCGUGUCCCAAUCACCCCCAGUGCUGAGUCUCCCCGCAAGCCAGGCCGGCCUCCCAAGGCAGGAUGUCCCCUGGUUGCCCACAGUGCUGAGUCACCCCGCAAGCGGGGCCGGCCUCCCAAGGCGCACUGUGUCCCAAUCGCCUCCAGUGCUGAGUCUCCCCGCAAGCCAGACCAACCUCCCAAGGCACAGUGUUGCAUAGUUGCCCCUAGUUCUGAGUCACCCCGCAAACGGGGCCGUCCUCCCAAGGCACAGCAUUCCCUGGUAGCGGUCACCCCCAGCUCUGAGUCACCUCGCAAGCGGGGCCGGCCACCCAAGGCACAGCGUUCACUGGUAGUGGUCACCUCCAGUUCUGAAUCACCCCGCAAGCGGGGCCGGCCACCCAAGGCAGGGUGUGCCCUGGUCGCCCGCAGUGUUGAGUCUCCCCGCAAGCGGGGUCGACCUCCUAAGAUCAAGUCUCUGGAGCAGCUGAGCCAGGGGGAGGCGCAGUUGCUAUCCGGCACUCCUAAGUCCCACGUGAGGAAGCUGGAGAUGAAGGCCCCUGAAUUGUUCUCACCCGGGAGCGAGACAGACAGCUGUGAGAGCAGCUCCUGCCUGGAGAAGCGCAAGCAGGGCCGACCUCCCAAGGUGCGCGGUGGCCUGGUCAUCCCCCAUACUGAUUUGCCCCAUGAGAGGCACCGGCCCUCCAAAAACAAAUCUCCAGAAAUCAACAAGGGAGGUGUGCAACCACCACCCGGUGUCCCCACGUCCCAUGUCAUAAAGCUGGAGACUAAGAUGCCUGAACUCUCCUCACCAGGGAGCAGGACCUCAGAACUGCCAGGGGAGGGGGAAGCACAGCCUUCACCCAGCGCCCCAAAGCCACAUUCCCAGAAGCCAGGAUCCAGUACCCCUGAGCCAGCCUCGUCCAGGAGCAAGACAGUAAGCAGUGAGCCGCCUCUGGAGAAGCGCCGGCGGGGCCGGCCCCCCAAAGUGCCCUGGGCCCCGGCUGUCCCCACUGCUGAAUCACCCUCCAAGCGCAAGCGGGGCCGGCCCUCCAAGAACCCAGCUUUGCCCCGCAUAGAGGGGCAGUCCUGUGCUCCGGGUCAGCCUCAGACCGUGACACCUCUGCUGAGAAUGAGCCACCUCUGCCUGGCCGCAAGAGGAGGAGGUGGUGGAGGAAGGAGGAGCCUGUCCUGGCCGGCAGCGAGAGCUCGUUGGAUAGUGAGGAUGGGGGGCCGAAAGAAAAGCCAGACUUGGGCAGCGAGACCUCAGCCCUGCUCCCACCCCAGAACACCGCCCCUGAAGCAGAGCCGGAUGGCAACUUGUUGGGGGAAAGCGGUGCCUCUGAACACCCCCCAGCCCACUCCACCCGUAGCACAGCAGCAGUUAGCAGUAGCAAAACGGGGCCCAUCAGUGGCUCACUCAGAAUGUAGAAGAGAAGAAGAAAGGAACAGGUCUAAAAAGAAAAAAGAACAGCCUCUAAAUCUUCAAAUUCCCACAGCACUGUCUGAUGGGAACAGUUUAACUUAAAGGCUUUGGUGUUCAUGGUCUGCUCCUUUCUCUCCUCGCUCAACUCAGGGUGCUGAACUUGGUGCUGUCGCCUGUGCUUUGGAACGCUCCACUGGUUUCCUCGUACCCUUGCUUUUGCUUUCCAGUUCUGCAUGGCUCUGUAAUGCCCCCACCGAAUUCCAGCCUUUCUAAUAAACCUGCCCCUGAUCUUGCCUCUCUCCUUUCCUACAUUGCGUUCCUCGCUUCAUCCUCUCCCGUUGUUCUAAAGGUUUCCUAGAUUCCAAGGUCAGAAGAAACCAUUGUGAUCCUUCUAGUCUGACCUCCUGCUCUGGCCAUAGACUUUCUCCUCCCAUCACUUAUAAAUUGCUUUUCCUUCUGUAUUCUACGCUUUCCUCACAUUUUUUCAUACUUUUUUUUUUUAGUGCUUGCAUUCUUUGUCAUUGUAUUUUUGUGUCCCCCACCUCGCCCUUCUCAUUUCAUUACUUGAUUUGUUUUAAAAGGUGCUGUGUUCUUACCAGAGUCACUGGCAAAUUCCUUAACCUUGAAGUGCAGCCUCCUUGUUGGGAAUCAGACCCCAGUCUGCUGCAGGAUGGGCAGUGAUAGUCACCAUUAUGCUAAUGAAGAAAGCUGUAUGGCUCCAUUUCAUAAUGAAAAUCUUAUCGCUAAUUCUUGCUAAACCAAGUACUCAGGGGGUGUCAAGGAAGUGAUGGGCUCUUUCCAUAAAAUUGUGAGCAUUUCUGUUUUAGCAGUCAGUCUUGCAGAGACCGUACCUGAUUUGUAGGCUCUGAAGAGGUAGAUUGCAUUGUUGUCAGAAGCAAUAAAACAGGUGCAGGCAAAGAAGGAAUUAUCAUAGGACUCAUUCUUAAAAUCUUACAGACCAAAAUAGAGAGCCAUGGAGAGUUGUUUUCUUAUGUAAAAAGGGAAUGAGGCACUAAUAUGACUGGUGCCGGAGCAAAUAUUGAAAAUUGGAUUUAUUUGGUCCAUGACGUUGCCUCAGGAGGAUAGCAAGGGACUGAUAAAACCAGGCAAAGAUUGGCGAGAGUAGGUUUGUAGCCAGAGAUGAUAAAUGAUGUGAAAUAAUACUGUGAUGAUUGCUUGAUCUGUGCGCAAAAUGAUCUUGAAGUAAUAAGAACGGUGCUCCCCUUAAAGCUCAUAAAAAUUCAGGGCCAUGGUCUACUUUGCAGAUUCAUUUGGUGGGACUGUUACUUGCAAGUUAAAAAGGAAAUAAAUAUUUUUUGCUUCAGCAACAGCUCGUGUGUUGUAGUCCAGGUAUUCUCCUAUUGGACCCUACUGGCAAAAUUGAAAUCAGAUCGAGGAACUAAUUUUACAGGAAAAAAAUCUUAGAAAAUUGUCUUUUGUUGUUGGGGACAAAACAAAAGUUCCACAUUCCAUACUGUGCUCAGGACAGGUGGAAAGGAUGAACAGAAUAAUCAAAGUGAUGUUGAGAAAGUUUCUCUCUAAAGGGAAGAGACUAGGACAGUCUCAUUCCAUUACUUCACAUGCUAACUGGGCUGCUUUGCUAGUGAAAGAAAUUGCAUUUUGUUUGAAGUAAUGAUGCAUGGAGAAAUGAGACUUUCAAAGCAUCUAUAAAAACUAAUGAUGCACGGGAUUGAGGGAAUAAAAAUGGAUGUUUUGUAUAAAAAUUUCAAAGACUACCUUAAACAAGCACGUGUACAUAGCUAAUGAAUUGGGAAUAUCAACGUGAAAAGCAUGACAUGAACUGUGGGUAAAUUAAACUCAUCUGUGUGUAGUCGGGUUACUGGAAAUAAGAGAAAUGUGUAUAAAGUUUAGCAUGCUACCCAACUUCAGCUGUUUUAGAGACCAAAGACACCGAGAUAUAUCAGUGCACAGUGAAGAAACCCCCAGGCAUCUGAAGGAAAGAUAAACCUACAGAUGAGCCAAUUACACUUCCAUCUACUAUGUUAGAACUGAGUAUGCAGUUGGCUAUAGAGAUGUUACAGUGCCCUAAGGUUAGACCAGUAAGCAACCACAGGUCCAACUGCUAUUUCAGUCCCUGGUGCUUUGCUUAAUAAUGUGCAGUUUAUGCAUGUAUCUGUUGUUUUAAAUCUUUCUCAAUGGAAUAUUGCUGAAUUUGUCCACUGUGUAAAAACAAGUGUAUUGGUGCUGUAUGCAUCUUUGUUAUUAGACUUAAUAGCAUUUUAUCAGGGACAAGUGCAAAAUCUGGGAGCUGCUCAGUAAACUAUUACAUAGUCUGGUAUCUUUCAAAAUAGGCAACUCUGACAUUUUGAGGGAAUUGUUGGUUCCAUUUUAGGAUUAUUUGGAUCAGGGAUGUCUUUUUUGAAUAGGCAAGACCUGGAAAAUAUAAAAAGACUUAUUUAACUAUUUCAAGUACCAGGCAGUGGAAACAGUUUCUAAACCUAUAAUAUAGCAUUAAUGGCCUAACUACUGAGGAAAGGUAUAUUUUGUGUGUGUAUAAUAAGCAUGACAUUGCUAAACUGUUCAGCUGGACACCAAAAUUCCUGAAUUAAUAAAUAACAGGAAAGAAAAGGAACAUGGCAUAGGUAAGAUUAUUUGCACAAUUUAUGGAAGUUGUGUUAACUGCCAUAACCAGUUUGUCAGGUGAUGUUGAAAUGGAUAAAUUUCCUGAUUUUAUCAAUGACAAACAAUUAGCUAAAUGUUCUUUCCCUGAGAGUAUGGCUACAUUUGGAAUUUCAAAGCGCUGCCCCGGCAGCGCUGCGGGAGCACUGCCACAGCAGCGCUUUG